AUGCCCACUUCCUUCGACCUCACUGACAAAGUCGCCUUAGUCACCGGCGCCGGCCGGGGCCUGGGCGCCGCCAUCGCCAAAGAGCUCGCUUCCCACGGGGCCUCGGUCGUGGUCAACUACGCUCGCUCCGCGGCGGCCGCCCAGCGCGUCGUCGACGAGAUCGAAGCCCUCCCUGGCAAACCUCGGGCCAUCGCCAUCCAGGCGGACGUGACCCAGCCGGCCGAGGUGACGCGGCUGUUCGAGACAGCCAUCGAGCACCUUGGCAAGAUCGACAUCGUCAUGUCCAACUCCGGAAUGGAGGCCUUCUCCGCCGAGGAGGAUGUCACCGCGGAGCUGUACGACGAGGUCUUCGGGCUGAACACGCGCGCCCAGUUCUUCGUCGCCCAGCACGCCCUCAAGUACGGCAGCCACGGCGGCCGCCUGAUCCUGACCUCCUCCGUCGCGGCCCAGAUGACCGGCGUCAAGAACCACGCCCUGUACGCCGGCUCCAAGGCCGCCGUCGAGGGCUUCACCCGCAGCUUCGCCGCCGACUGCGGCCCUAAGAAGAUGACCGUCAACGCCGUCGCCCCCGGUGGCAUCUACACCGACAUGUACCUCGAGAACUCGUGGCACUACGCCCCCGACGGCUACCCCGGGAUGCCCAUCGAGCAGAUCGACAAGGGCAUUGCGAGCCUGUGUCCGCUGGGCCGCACGGGCAAGCCCCUCGAUGUGGCACGGGUGGUUGCCUUUUUGAGCUCGGCUGAGGGCGAGUGGAUCAACGGCCAAGUGAUCAAGUUGACUGGUGGUUCCAGUGCGUAA